GAGCAAACAGAUCGUGCGAGACUGCGAGUCUCUCAAAUUACUUAAACAAGGAAAAUGGAAGCGCCAAGUCACGGGCGCGUUCAAUAAAAGUCACAGACCGAAGAUUCAUCGGCUGUUUCCAUACCCCUACCUGGAGAUUUCGAUGAGAAGUGUUCUUCGGUUGCAAUUAUUUCUAUAAAUUGGGCGACGCGCGCUGCUCGAUUUCCAAUCAUCCCAAGCCCGGUGGUAGUAGAAGCAUAACUUUCUAAGGUUGCGUUUCAUGCGUGUGAAGAUCGUGGUUUUGAAGUAGAAAGAACCAAAAGAACCAGUCGGAGCUAUAUACAAUGGAUCAGUGCACCAGGAAUGCCUUCGCUGAAGAAAGAUCGACUGUGAACAAGGCUCAGAAAAGGAAAAGAACUGGCAAAAAACAAGCAAACAUGAGAAGAUUAAAAGCAAAGAUGGCAGAGAUUGGUGAACAACAAAAACGUAUUAAAAAGGGGCAAAUAGAAAUCAGAGAGAAGUUUGAAGAGAUUGAAUUUGAAUGCGAUCAACUUAGAAAAGAAACGUUGCUUAUAUCACAACAGGCUGCGUGCAAUCAACAACGCCUGAAUCUAAUGCUCAAGAUCGUGAAAGCACGAGAAGACAAUAAUUUGUCUGAAGCUGACAGGCUUAUUCAAUGUCUUCGAGAAGGCAUGAUGAAGCAAACAUGGAAAAAAUUAUGAAUAUGUUCAGAUGCAAGGGAUGAAUCAAUGAGAAGAACAAAUAAUAAAGGUCCCGGCCGUCCAUUUCAGUACUGAAGUAUUAAAAAUUGCUUGUCUUCUACCGAGUAUGUUUGGUAUUGUGGUAAUUCACACUGGAGUAUUAAAAAUUGCUUGUGUUCUACCGAGUGUGUGUGAGUGUGUUUGGUAUUGUGGUAGCUUUUGUGAUUGUGGUUUAAAAGAAAUUGUUUUAUAAAAAGUACUUUUAGUUGA